GCAAGGUUCGAUCACGCCCACAAAUCCUGAACUCGGCACCCCGCACCGUUCCAGCGCGGACGGCGAUGGAGUCUGGGUGCUAGUGCCCAGGCUGGACGAUGCAAUUCGGGGUUUACAUAUACCAGGCUCUACCCGUGUGCGCUUGUGCUUAGUUCUCCGCUCUUCGUACUUUCGUUGAGCGUUGACCGUGCAGCGUGGAACUGCCCUGGUGGAGUGAAGCCCUUCUUUCUUGCUCUCCUGCUCAUCAUCGGUUGGCUGCGUCACUCGUUGGAGGAAGCUAGCAUCUCGAGAUAUAUCACACCCGAACCAACCUCUCCCAAUCGGCAUACGAGCCUACCUAAUCAUCAACUGAUAUUCAAACCAUCAUGGGUCGCCUAAUAAAGAAUCACUGGGCCCGCCUCAUCGUCCUCACAGCCGCAGCCUACCAACUCGCCGCCGCCCUCGAAGCCUUCUUCUGGCCCAAAAUCUUCUGGGACUUCCUCUCCCACAACCUUGACCGCGCCGUCACCCCGAUCCCCUUCCUGCAGGUCAUCAACCUCAUCUUCGCCGUCUCCGCCCUCGCCCUCGAGUGGCCGCUGAAGUACAUCGCCGGGACGUCGCUCCAUCGGAGCAUCGAGCUGAGGUUGAUUAUAAUCCCGCUGUAUGCCUUGGCGUCGAUCUUGUUGUACCAGGGGACAAAUCCCGCGAUCUACUAUAUCAUCGCUGAGGGUAUCUAUUUCUGGGGUUUCUCGGAAGGAGAGACUAUUUGCGAACGACCGUGGACAUUACCAGUCCGCGUGCGACGAUCGGAACUAGGCGGUUCAAAGGUAUAACCCUUGCGGUUACCUUUCCAGUUUCUGUUUCUGUGCAUAUCCGUCCAACCGUCCGUAAAUACUCUCUGGACGACGGUGACGAUGAUGGCGCGUGGGUUGUGAAAGGUCGGGGAACUUUGCAUAGCGUGGCGCAUGGCCUUUGGGGGCCUUUUUACACCAUGCCUCUCAAGCGUCGGGCAAUAUAUUGUGUUAUUUCGGACUGCGAGCGAAUAUCUUGUUGAUGGAAGUUUGUUGUAGAGUAAUG